UCAAUUUUGCUGGGAAGAGAGAUGUCGGGUCGCCGGAGAAGCAAGCGGAAGGGUAGUACAACAAGCAGGCAGUCGUCGCAAGCAAGGGGGUCUGCUCAGAGGCGUCGAGGGUCGCAGAAAGUUGCUCCAAACAAUGCGACGUCUGAUAGUGCUGUUCUUAGAGACGGGGAAAAUGGCGACAGCAGCAUGGCCGAAGCAGAGGUCCACGUGGUCCCAGAGGCUAUCGACGAGAUAACGCCUGUUUCCACUACUCCUUCAGGAGGUGAGUCGGUGCAAAUUGGUUUUUAUCCUAACAAUACAUAUACCCCAUCAGUUAACUCACAAAUGUAUCCUCCCGGAAUUUCAAAUCAUGUCCCUCAAUCCCAGUGUCAUAACAAUGCUCCUAGCAUGGUUAGUAACCCAAUUGCUCCUCAUAAUUCGCAAGGCAUUCCCAUGUUUCAAAAUGUUGACAUGUUAAAUAUGCCACCACCUACAACAACACAAAGUGUGGAUGAUAACCUGGGUUGUAAUGUCCCUGUCAACAUUAAAAACAAAAUAUGGAAUGGUGAGUACAUCAAUUUCGCACUAUUGCUUAAACCAGACAGAGAUUUGAUGGAUUAUAUGACAACUUCGGCGGUAUUCAUCAGUACAGAUGGACAGCUCGAGUUGAGGCCCAAGUCUCAAGGCAAGAGAAUUGAGAACAUUUUUGAUUGGACAACGGCUUUCACAACUUACAUGAGUAUUUAUGUCCAGCGCAGGAUGGACAUGGUUCAAGGUUUACUGACACACAUGAAUACUGUCCGUUUAGCAGCGUCUCGUCAUACUGGUUUGGGAUGGAGAACCUAUGAUGAACAAUAUCGUCUUCGCCAGGCUCGUGACCAGUCUCUACCAUGGGAAAAAUUGAAUGUGGAAUUGUGGAUGUUGUUUGUACAGACACCUUACCAUCAACAGCCUGCAGAUGUACAUCAGCCAGCACUCCUUCCAGAGUUAUACAAGCUCGGUCGAACACCAGUCAAGACACAAGUGCUGGAACGUAUGGCAAAGCAUUUUCCGGAUCAGGCUCAAGCUCAGUUUCUCGUUAAUGGUUUCAAAUAUGGCUUCAAGCUAGGAUAUGAUGGUCCAGUGUUAGAGAAAUUCAGGCAGCUGGCUCCAGAUGCAGAUUUGGCGGCUACUCUUAUACCAGACACAGUUUGGAAGAUUGUGGAAGAGAAGUAA